CCUCAGGCCUCCGUCUGCUCCCGCUGCUGGGGCUGCUGCAGCUGCUGGCCGAACCUGGCCUAGGCCGCGUUCACCACUUGGCGCUCAAGGCAGGAGAUGCCAACAUAGUCUCAAGUGUCCACCUGAUCCAAGAAGCUCACUCCUCCCCAGCAUCCCUCUCCAACCCAUUGUCCAGUCCAAUCCAUGUCUGAAGAGUUGAGCCUUGAAUUUUUAACAGCAGCUGAGGCGGAACUGGAAUCAAAGCCUGAGACCCAAUCAGGAAAGGGAGUUGGAAUUGAGUCCCCCUUUUCUUCAGCAACAUGAGAACUCUCAAAGAGCUAUAUUCCUUGAAUGAAAGGGAUGAUGUGCGGCAUAAGGUUCAUCUGAACACCUUUGGAUUCUUCAAAGAUGGGUACAUGGUGGUUAAUGUCACUCGCCUCUCAGUAAAUGAGCCUGAAGGAGCCACAGACAAGGAUGCAACUAUUGGAUUCAGCCUAGACCGUACAAAGAAUGAUGGAUUUUCUUCUUAUCUGGAUGAAGAUGUCAAUUACUGUGUUUUGAAGAAACAACCUGUUUCUGUCACUCUUCUAAUCUUAGACAUCUCCAGAAGUGAAGUAAGAAUAAAGUCUCCACCAGAAGCUGGUACCCAGUUACCAAAGAUCAUCUUCAGCAAGGAUGAGAAAGUCCUUGAUCAGAGCCAGGAGCCUGGUGGUAACCCAGUUUCCGCAGGCAACCAGACUCAGAAGAAUCAAGACAGUGGAAAGUCUAAAAGAAGUACGGUGAAUUCAAAGGCAAUGGGAGAGAAAUCCUUUUCUGUUCACAAUAAUGAUGGGGCAGUCUCGUUUCAGUUUUUCUUUAACAUCAGCACCGAUGACCAAGAAGGCCUCUACAGUCUUUACUUUCAUAAAUGCCUUAGAAAUGAGUUGCUGUCUAGUGACAAGGUUUCCUUCAGCCUUGAUAUUGAGAUUACAGAGAAGAAUCCUGACAGUUACCUCUCAGCAGGAGAAAUUCCUCUCCCCAAAUUAUACAUUUCCAUGGCCUUUUUCUUCUUCCUUUCUGGGACCAUCUGGAUUCACAUCCUUCGAAAACGACGGAAUGAUGUAUUUAAAAUUCACUGGUUGAUGGCAGCCCUUCCUUUCACCAAGUCUCUUUCCUUGGUGUUUCAUGCAAUCGACUAUCACUACAUCUCCUCCCAGGGCUUUCCAAUUGAAGGUUGGGCUGUUGUGUACUACAUCACUCACCUUUUGAAGGGGGCACUACUCUUCAUCACCAUUGCACUCAUUGGCACUGGCUGGGCUUUCAUUAAGCACAUUCUUUCCGAUAAAGACAAAAAGAUCUUCAUGAUUGUCAUCCCGCUCCAGGUCCUGGCAAACGUGGCCUAUAUCAUCAUAGAGUCCACUGAGGAGGGGACGACUGAGUAUGGCUUGUGGAAGGAUUCUCUGUUUCUGGUUGACCUGUUGUGCUGUGGAGCCAUCCUCUUCCCAGUUGUGUGGUCAAUCAGACAUUUACAAGAAGCAUCAGCAACAGAUGGAAAAGGAAGAAAAGUCUCAUCUUGGAAGAAGGAGGGAAAGAUCACACUUCACUGUGAGAACAGGAGGUACUAUGGAUUGGAGAUGGCUGCUAUAAAUUUAGCAAAGCUGAAACUUUUCAGACAUUAUUACGUCUUGAUUGUAUGUUACAUAUACUUCACGAGGAUCAUUGCGUUUCUCCUCAAACUUGCUGUUCCAUUCCAGUGGAAGUGGCUCUACCAGCUCCUGGAUGAAAUGGCCACGCUGGUAUUCUUUGUUUUAACUGGGUAUAAAUUCCGUCCAGCUUCAGAUAAUCCCUACCUACAACUUCCUCAGGAAGAAGACGAUUUGGAAGUGGAAUCUGUAGUGACGACAUCAGGGGUGAUGGAGAACAUGAAGAAAGUCAAGAAGGUGACCAAUGGCUCCGUAGAACCCCAGGGUGACUGGGAAGGCACCGCGUGAUGGAGCCAACUUUGAAAAUGGCACUGUCAAAGAAAAUUUAUUAAUAGUCCCAUUGGUAAGCAAGAGCAGUUGGCACCUCCCGACGGUGACACCCCAGAGCGCGUGACCGGGAGCAAAGUGCCACGGAAACUUAAUUUUUUCCUCUCUUUUAUGAAAACUGGAUCUGUGGCUGGUUAUAGGCAGCUAGAAUUCUCCUUCAGAUGGGCAUGGUGGUGAAGGGAAUGUAGAGAGGAGGAGGAUAAAAGGAAGAACUUGUUUUUAAUUUUUAUCUGUUUUUUUUUUUUUUAAUUGGGAGGUCUUAAAGUAUAUGCAGUUGUGACCCUAAGUGUGUUGCAGGAAUGUUGGUGAUCACGGGGAAUGAGGGAAGGAGGGCAGGAGAGGUGUAUGAUGCCAGUCAUUGUACAGCGCAGGGCUUUAGGAAGUGAGCAGAUGUCAAGCCAAGAAUACAGGGACUUAUAAAGAGGGGAGCAGGGGAAUUCAUGGUAUCUUUAGGGGAUAAACACAAACGAAAUUAGAUUGUUUUAGAUAGCAGAGUAGGAAUUACCUUGGUCAAAACCCAAUUUAGUACAUAGAACUUGUCCCCAGGAUUCCUGGCCCUGGUUGUUACCCCAGACCUUUAUUGCAGAUUCCAAAAGUGAUCAGGAACCAACAGCUUUAGAGACCCAGUGGUCGUCUUUCCAGGAAGUGCUCUGUCAUCUUCGGGCUGUAAUGUCACUGUCAGGGCUUCAGGUUUAGGCUGGUGGGAAUUAGUUUUCUUGAUGAGACAUAUUCUGUGUUGCCUGGCAGGUGGGAAGAAGUGUGCCUUUAAGCUCAGAAAGUGCUCUCCUGUAAGAUUUCUUCAAACAACCUGGCUUUCCUGACUGUACAGGGCAGCACUGUCUCGUUUCCCUCUGCUCUUGGGGCUUAUGUGUCUUGUGUGAUCAGAGUAUGGAAAAAAAUAGGAAAGAAUUUUGCCUGUCUAAGGAGCAGCUGGGAGUAGAAAAGGUGUUUGAGCAAAUCCAAAAAUGCAAGCAAGUCAUCAUUAAAAAGCUUUUCCUAUAAGCUACACAGCAUUUCUAAAUAGAGGAAUUAAACAGACAUGGUUUCUGUGUUACAAAAUUAUGUAUAUGAAGACAAUAAGUGAGAUUAAACAGAGAUUUACUCUCGGGGAUUUUUAGGUGGUAAAAUCUUUCACAGAAACUCACUGAGGUCCUGUCCAAACUUUGAGAGCGUGGGGAUGAACAUGGAUAGUUGUCUAAAGUGAGCAGUAUUACAAUCCCUCGAUAGUCACUUGAAUAAUGGGGCAAGCUCAGAAGGCCUGUUGAGACUGAGGGUUCACCAGUGCUUGGUGAUAAUUAUGUUUUGGUAGCCCAAGCCUGAGAUAGGAGACGAAAACGUGGCCCCGUCAGGAUCGAUAAUGCGUGAGUUACAGCUCAAUGGGGUUGCUUUGAGUGUCCCGGUGUGUCAGAAGCUAGAACCCACCCUUGCAUGGGCUUGUCAGUGAGCCACACCUGUAGGAGACAGGGACUUCCUGGGGAGUGGACAGUGACAGCCUCUGGGACUUGUUUUCUUACCUCCAGGUUAGAAGGGUCAGCCAGAAACAGUAGGGUUUGGGGGUGGCGAUCACUCUCCUAGGUUUGGGAACCUGAAAAGGCUUUGCUCAGAAAACAGGUGUUUUGCUCCUCCUGUGCCAUUUUCACUUCCUAAGUGACCAAUGAGGAAGCGCGUGUUCUCUUUAUGCACUUUUAUUAGCCAUCUGUGCUCUGUCCAGCCCAACCUUCAGUCUCUGUUUGACUAAGCGCAGGUAAGAGCAAGCACCUUCCAAGGCCACGUUGGUCUCCUCUCCACAGGUGUUUUAGAAAAGGGUUCAUGUGUCUUUUCAUCUUCAGGAGAAGGGUAAAUGGUAAUUUACCCCAAGUAUUAAUUUAAAGGAUCUUUCUUCUCUUUUUUUCUUUUAAAUUAACUUGGAGACCUAUGUCACUUCAGAAAUGUGUCUCAUGCCAUAGCCAUCAAAAUCCUCUUAGCUACUUCCCUCAGAGGGACUCAUGUGCUGUUUCUCCUGCAAGCAGAUACUGUUGACUAAGCAGUAGACUUACUGGCAAGAACAAAAGGUGUGAUGAAACCUCCCUAUUAGAAGGGGUCUCCACAGAGCUGUCCUCAUUUCACAUACUUGAUUUUUAAAGGAAAGAAGCUAGUGAGGGAAUGAGAGAGGAAGAAUGUGAAUGUGUAUAAGGACAAGCACCGUUUUUCUAACUGGACAGCUUCCAGAACAGAUCCUAGGAGCCUGGCUGCUGCUGCUCCUGUCCCUGCACCUGCCUCCCUCACUGUCAGGUACAAGCCUCAGAGGUCUUACUGGCCUGUAGUAUUGGGCAUCUCUGUGGGACAGGGCAUUCUUUAAACCCAUGUAUACCUCUAGGCUUAUUCACCGAAUUGCUGAGUUGCUGCAUUUUUAUAGCCUUGUCACUUCUGGAGCAGGAAUAUACAUUGAGAUAUGGUAGCGUUUAGAAAUAAAGGCUGACCACAGUCUUCCUAACAAGAGGCUGUUUGUCCAUGUCCUGUACUGUGACUGGCAGGAGGUUUGACGUUAGUCCAAUGAUUAAGAAAUAAAAAUUUCAAAACCCAGUCCAAGAUUGGCAAAACAGGUGGUGGGUCAAGUUUUUUAAAAAUUAUUUAAGCUCUCCAUUCUGCUUAGUAAAUUGUUCUUUUCUUUCCCCAUCACUUAAUACCUGUGACCCACCACUCAGCUCUGUUCUUGAGUAAAGACUGAUUGGGGCCUGAAGCCAAGUAGUUUUACCAGCUAACCAGCCCCCUCCUGUAGCCAGAUUCUAGCAGUCCACUUGGAUUUGUUGUAAUACAGUGUGUGAAUGGUUAAGCCCUUCAGUACUUCAGGGGUGCACAAUGCUGAGAGAGAUUGGUGGUAUUUAUAGCUAGCUCUGCUUUGUACUCCUCCUCCCUGUUUCUGCCUACACAAAAUUCCCAUGUUUCCUUUGAGAAAUCUGUCGUGGCCAGGAAGUGCUGCCGGCUCUGAAAUUUGAUGAAGGGUCUUGUUUUCCUUUAAUAAAGUGUGUGUAUUUCACUAGGAAAUUAUUUCUUGACUACAAGGACAAUAAAUGAUCUCUUAAUCCUGGCUCUUAACAGUGGCCAAGGACUCAGUCAGCCUUGUUUUUGGUCCUUCAAUGCUUUAAAAUUUUAGUUAACAAUGCAUUUUAUACUUCUAAAUAUGAGUCUGGUGAGUCGGCAGUUUCCUGUAAGGAGAAGCUUGCACAAGUGUAAAAAGGUGGUUUCUCAGACCAUGGCCUGAGUCAGUUCAGUUUUCUUUCAGAAAACCACUUUAGAGUAAAACUUGUAGGUUUUUCCCCCCUGGAUGUGUCCAACCUGCCAAGGCAGCACACAGCCUAAUCAUAGGCCACUUCAUGUGACUGUUAGGGCCAGAUCUCCACUUCCAUGUUAUGAUCUCAUCAGGAUCUCAGCUCCCUAUCAUUCCACAGCCUGCCCUCUCUCCUUCCUCCCACUCCUUGUACAUUGCCCUCCAUGCCUCCUCACCCUCUGCCCAUGUGUAUUGAUUGAGAGCUCCACAUAGGCUGGGUCUGGGAAUACGGGCUAAAGGCUUUGGUGCAUUGCAGCGUUUUCUCCCAGCAGCUAUGUGGAGGAUGUGUUUUCUAAGCUAAGGAAAAUUUUGUUGAGAGUGAGUACGUACUGAUGCCGUAUGUUAUUACUUUGGACUCUGUAUGAUGUUCUUCCCCAACACUAAAAUGUAUGUCUUGUUCUGUACUUAAAAGUGUCUAUUACAAGGAACCAGACCUUACGGACCAAGGAAGAGCAUAAAAGAUGCCUGUUUUAAUUGUGAGUGGUGUUCUGGCCAUCUCCCCCAUCCUAAAGGAUUUUCUUCAAGGAAGGCUCUUAGAACAUUAGACAGUCUGAUGAGAUUGUUGGCCCUGCUCCAUACACCCAGUAGAUUGGCAGAACCUUUUGUGCCUCACACUGCCAGGCUGUUGUAUUUCAAAGGAAACAGAUCCUAUCCACUCCUCCAUCCCUUUUUCCACACUCCAUGACUCACCCCUUUGCUUUUCUCUGCCCUACACCUGGCCUUUUAGUGAAGAGUCAGAAUGCACUAAGUCCAGGCUGCUGCUUCCCCCUACCCCACUUGAGGACUCAGUAAGUUAAUGGCUUCCCCACUAAAGAAGUUUUACUCAGUACCCCUUGGUAUAUCAAAAAGUUAUUCAUCUGGGACAUACCAAAUGCUCUAAAAGAUCUGCUCUUUACUCCAAUUUUCCCUGGGCUGUUUCUGGCAGGGAGCCUUUAAAAGACAUCCACCUGAGUUGAUGCUAAUAUUUGUCACCACCUGGAAGGUAGUUACUGAUCAGCAAGCUGAACAGUCUCCAGAUUCCCCAGGGGCUUCUUUUGUAUCCCAGCAAUGCACGUGUGCCCUCUGUGUGUGGUUUAUGCUUGAAAAACAGUGUUUUUGGGUGGCUCCCUGCUAGGGCAUAGAACCUGCAUGUCUCUUGAGAGGCAAAAGAAAGCACACUUAGAGAAGGGGGCAGGGAGGCGGGGAACAAGGAUUUGUUUGUGUUGAACUGGGGACCUGUUGGAAUUCUGAUGGUGAGAAGUCUGCAGACAGGCCAUUUGGGAAGGAAGAUUUCUGGGUGAAAUCAGUAAAGGUCAAAGGGCAACAGAAAAACUUACACUCCCAGGACAGUUUAUUUUCAUGCAAGGUUGAGGUUUUAUAAUGGGCAGCCAAAUCAGAUGGGGGUGGGUGGUAGAUAGUGGGGUCAACCUUCUUAGCAUUUAAUUCAUCUAAGGUAAUAUUAAUACAAACAAACCCAGUGUCAUCAAGUCGAUUCCGACUCAUAGCGACCCUAAAGGACAGAGUAGAACUGCCCCAUAGAGUUUCCAAGGAGCGCCCGGCGGAUUUGAACUGCUGACCCUUUGGUUAGCAGCUGUAGCACUUAACCACUACACCACCAGGGCUUCCAAGUAUUAAUAGAAGGAUCCAAAAAUUUGUCCACCCACGGGAGUUUACUGACUCCCUAAGCAGCUUUUGCAGGUUGUAAAUUGGAUUUGCCUGGUCAUGUAACCUCAAAAGAAGGCAGACAUACUUAAUCCAGAAAUAAGUUUCAUUUGGGGGAGGGCUUGCAAGUAUGUAAAUAUCAUUUUGCUUUCUAGGUUAGAUUGGGAUGCAGAAGGAGUUUUCAGUAUUUUUUUUAGCACUAAUUGUCAUUGAAGAGUAUUUAUAUAAACCUAUCGGGUCAGGGUUCAGAUCAGGAUGGUAUGUGGGAUGGCUUCUCCUGCUGUGGUGCAAAUGUGUAAAAUAAAGAUUCUGUGACUGAA